AACUCUCCGCGACCACGUAUCCUAAAUCCUGAGACUUCUCGGAGCCAUGUCGGCGAUGAGCUAUUCAAGCAUGGACCCAGACUCACCCAGAGCACAGGAUUUGGCGAGACAGAAGGUGCAGGGCUUUUUGGAUCGGCAUGGUUUUGACGACGUUCAUGGGCCCAGGGACACCAGCGAUGUGCAUCAAAAGGUCCGCAUUGAGCCGCUAUAUCCUCUUGAAGUUGCUGAACAGUUGGGCGACGAACGAAUGUUGAAUCUGUUGAAGCAGUUGGGAGCGAGACCAAGGGGACAAGGCUUUCUGAAGAGCUCCUGGCAAAUUAUACGCAGGGUCCUUGUGCCCAGCAGCAGAGAUCACCAAAACGGGCCCUCACAUGGUGCACCACGCAGUUGCCUAAUUCAAAGAAGUGCGGCUGAUCCAAGCUGUGAAGAGAGACUGCAAACGGUCUGGGCGUAGCUCUUGGGUUGUUGACCGCCUUUAGUAGAGACUAGUUAGGAGAAGAGCCCUUCCCGCGUGGUAAUCCCUUUCGUGGCAACUGCGGUGUGUCUAGG